ACAGAUGCAGUGCGGUCCAAGAAGAAUGAGCGUCAUGACUGAUGUCCACCGGCGAUUCCUCCAGUUGCUGAUGACUCACGGCGUGUUAGAGGAGCAGGACGUGAAGCGUCUGCAGAAACACUGCUACAAGGUUCAUGAUUGCAGUGCUCCUGUAGAGAAGUUGGAAGACUUUAUCAACAACAUUAACAGUGUCUUGGAAUCCUUGUACAUUGAGGUCAAGAAAGGAGUCACAGAAGAUGAUGGGAGACCCAUUUAUGCUCUGGUGAAUCUCGCAACAACUUCAGUUUCCAAAAUGGCUUCGGAUUUUGCAGAGAAUGAGCUGGACCUGUUUAGAAAGGCUCUGGAACUGAUUGUUGACUCUGAAUCUGGCUUUGCGUCUUCCACAAACAUUUUGAAUCUGGUUGAUCAACUUAAAGGCAAGAAGAUGAAAAAGAAGGAGGCUGAGCAAGUGCUGCAGAAGUUUGUGCAAAGCAAAUGGCUGACUGAGAAAGACGGGGAGUUCACCCUGCACAGCCGGGCCAUCCUGGAGAUGGAGCAGCACAUCUAUGAGACCUACCGUGACUCCGUGAAGACAUGCAGCAUCUGCCAUAGCCUCCUCAUCCAGGGUCAGAGCUGUGAAACCUGUGGGAUCCGAAUGCACUUACCUUGUGUGGCCAAGUACUUCCGGUCCAGUUCUGAACCCCGCUGCCCUCACUGUAGCGACUACUGGCCCCAUGAGAUACCAGAAGUCUUCAACCCUGACAAGGAGAGGGAGUCCAGCACCUCCAAACCCAACAAAACGUCCUCGCGAUCCAGGCAGCAUUAG